AUGCUUCCCACUUCUCAGCAACAGCAUCCUCAACCACCUCUUCACUCGGGCAAGCACUUGUUAUUGGAGAGAUUAAAACUCGAUCUUCAUCCAAAACGAACUCUUAAUAGUAACAACAAUGGUUCCAUGACAAAGAGUGAGGGAGCAAGCGCACUCUCUGUUGCAAGAUCCUCCAAUCUCAAGCAAAAACAGUUACUAAGAAACAAUUCUUCGAAUUUAGGAAUGGAUUCAUCUGCAGCCGUAUUGAAUCGUUUGGAAACUCCUACUUCGGCUGUAUCGACCAUGAGCGCGUUUUAUGAAUCGGAAAGAUAUAUGUAUUCUUCUAACAACAAUGCAAUACAGCUGGAUUCUGAAAGAAAGAUACUCAUUGAUGCUUCUGGAUCUGAAGGUCUACACGAAACUGGCUUCAAUGGACAAGAUGUUUUAGUAGUCAUAGAAGAAGAUGAAGAGAAUGGAUCAAAGAAUCAAUUACUCAUAAAAGUGUAUAAAUCACAGCCAGUUUCAAACGGCUCAUUGAAUGGCUCUGUUGCUGAAAGUGUUCAUACCAUACCAGAGUAUCAAGAAAAACCCUUUCAUAUUCAAGUGUAUGCAAAGGGUGGAAGAGGAGGAAAAGCUCCAAAUCUCAAUCCAAACUCACUCGGUUCAAAAUCCAAAUUCUCUGCUCCUUACCUGUUUGGAGACAUUUCACCGACUUCAAAUCUGUUCAACGAGCAUUUUUCUUCGACCUCGUUCGCUUCCUCGUCCAACGCUUCCACCUCAUUGUCACAGCUGAACGGUUUCGACGGUGGAGAUGGAGGUAAUAUCACCAUUGUGACUUCUCAACGGUUGAAACAUGUCUUGUUUAACAUUGAGGUAAAUUGCAGUGGAGGGGAAGGAGGAGAAGCAGGAACUACUCAAUUCGAAAGUAAGCGAGGCAUGCCUCUAAGAGACUCGUUCCAGUUUCCUGCUGAAGUGCCAUUGUCCACUUCGGUCACUUCGAGUGAAGUCUUGACGUUCUCUCAAUUGAGUUUCUACAAUCCAACCAAAGAAGCUGCUAAAAUUCGUGACUCGCAUGACUCGUUCAUCGAUCAGGGAAUGGUUGGAGCAAAUUCCAUGACUGGAAAUGUAGUUCGAGGACUCGAUGGUCGAAAAGGAAGAGAUGGAUCUGUGAAGUUUGUGGUUGUCUCUGAUCAGGAUCCAGACAUAAUUGUGGAACAGUCAGUUUCCAUGUUCGCAUUGGAAUUAACCAAUUUUAGAAUUCAAAGAAGAAUUCCAAAGCGUACUAGUGGUUUGCAACAGAACAAGCAAUGCCAAGAAUUACAACCACCUCCACCAACUCAAGAGCAGCAGCAACCUCCUGUUUCUAAUACACCACAAACUCAUGGAAGAAGGCAAAAAGUAUUUGGUAAUCUCAUUAUUGAGGACGAUGACGAUGAGUUCAUUGAACGCCAGCCAUCACCUGAGGAAACCAAUGUUGGGAAAAGUGAUGUUGAGAGCACUACUUCUCAACAACCUGCAAUCAGUAGCGCGGAAGAAGUGAUACAAACUUCAAAAGCCCUUGCCCAUAACAUUGAAUAUGAUUUGGUAGACCUCGAUGAAUUUGCAGAACCUGGAUCGGAAAUUGUCAUCUCAGAAAUUGAGGUCAAAAACUUGGGAGGGUUAUCCACACCGGAAAGUUGUUUGUUCACCUUCAAAGGAAAUGCACUUUUUGAAUCCUUAGGGUUUGAUAAGAUCUCCCUCACUCCCUUACUAAGAAAUAAGGCAAGAAAUAGUACUUCGACGAUGAACGACGAUCAUUCUGACAGCAGCAAUCGCUUUUCCAUUUCCUCGUCGAAUGACUAUGUGAAAAUUCCGUCACUCAGAUAUGGAGAGACAUUUUCCGUUUCGACUCCUUUCAUUGCUCGCAUUCGUCGGAUUGAUAAAGAAUCAACUCACGAAUCAAUGAUUUCAGAAGGAAUUACGUCACCGAAACUCACUUCUAUCCACCAAGAAUGUAUGAUUAGUAGUGAAAUUUCACACAUUCCCACUCAAUCAUUGAAUUGGCAGAAUGCAACUUCAAAUGCAUACUCCUUGCAACGAGUCAUUGCCAAUAUUCCCAUUCAAUACCCAAUUGUGGUGAGCGAGAUUUCAACUCCAAAAACACUAGCCAUUGGUACUCAUUCUCGUUCACAACCAACUGAAAAAGGUUCUGGUGCGAUGAUUGAAGUGAAACUGAGAAAUACUUCCUCUGUUGGUAUUCACAAUCAAGUUCAGAUUCGAAUUCAAAUUCGGAUGGAUGAAGAAGCAGGUGAGCCAGCUACCGUGACUAGUUCUCGUCAAACACCUCAACAACAAGAUGUGCGUCAUGAACGAAGAGACAGUUCACAACUGUCUCGACAAGACCCUUCUUCCUCCACACCACAGCAGCAACCAGAAAGUUCAGCACCUUCAUCAUCUGGGUCGUCACAAUUACCUGAUAAGAGUUACUUCUUUGUGGUUGAGAAGGUCUCUUCGUUGAGUUUACCUCCCACUCUCGAAGAUGUCUCCAAAACCAACACUACAGGCGGUAAUUGUCAGCCAGUUCGUUCUGUUCUCUCAUCUUCCUCUCGAAUGCCGAAUAAUGCAAGAGGAGCUGGCAAGAAUGAUCGAUCGCUCCUCUUCAAUGAUCAAUUAUCAGUCAUUGAGUCCGUAGUCAUGACCUCAACGACUCAUCUCGAAGAAGAAUCCCAAAUGGUCAACACAAUGACGACGGAAGGUCAUGCAAAAAAGGGUCAUGACGAUGACUUGUUUUCCAUCUAUCAGCAACAGAAAGAACGGAAUGAAGUCUUCUCUCAACACUUGGAGAUUUUACAGCCUUACUCGGAAUCCUCAUGGGUCUAUCAAUUGAAACUCUUCGACUUGCACAAGAUCCUGAUGAAGAGAAGCAAAAAAAGAUCGCCACAAGAACACCAGACGUCUGGUGAAGGUAGUAGUAGUGGAUCAUCAUCUCUUCCGUUGGACGAAUUAUUAGGUUUUUGCCAAGGCUCCAUCAUCAUUUCCAUCUAUUACAAAGAUUGUCUUUUAGAACGACGAGUCAAUACUUUCAAAUGUAUUCCGAAAACCGUGCAACAAGUCGUUGCCAAAGGUUCGUUCUUGAACGCGUCCUCAUUAGGCAAACGUAGGGCUCAUCAUAACCGAUUGCAUCAUCAUCAUCAGGAAUUAUUUGUUUCAUCAUCGACGUCCAAGCCACUUUAUGAACGCUAUGCAGUCCUACUCACGAGCAGUGAAAAACUUCAGAACAAGUCCUAUGUCUUUUACAAACGAUUACUGAGAGAAUUGAAUUUGGAAUUAAUUGUUUGGGAUAUGGAUGAGCCCAAUAAUGCAAGCUCGGGAGAUGGUUCUCAUCAUCCGAAAGGUGGUUCCAUCAGCAGCACUACCAUUGAAAAUCAUCAAUUAUUGACUCUCUUCAAAGAUAAUUUAUUUCUCGUGACUCUCUUCAAAGCCCCUCAACACGACUCUACCAAUUCACAAUUCAAUUCACUGAUCGGACAACUCUUACAGAAACAACAAGAAUUUGAGAAGGACCGUUUACUCACACAUGACGAUGAGGAUGAAUUUAAUGACUCACAAGCUCCAACUUUGUUUUUUGAUGGUGGAAUUUUGUACAUUUCAAGCUCUCCAAGUAAUUCUUCAUCAUCCUCCACUCAUUCGAAUCCCUUUUCCAAUUGCACCACACCGAAUGAUUAUUUGAGAAAUCAAGUUUUGAACAAAUGUCGUCCUCCAGUUCAAAUGAUUGAACCAAAAAGUCUGUCCAUCAUUUAUCCAUUUGAGAAACCAAGUAAGAAGCUUUUCCAUGAAAAGGUUGAAAAGUAUUUGAGAAAGAAACAGGAAGAAAAUCCUUCCAACGUGAUUCAGGUGCAUCGAAAGGAAUGUUUUGAAAUUUCCAAAUCUAGAAUGCCAAGAAGGAUUUUGUUGGGGUCGUGUCAAUAUUCCAUUUUACCAGUGAAGGCAUUCAAUAGAAUUUACAGAGUUUCACUUCUCACAAAUCCUUCAUCAUCAUCUACCAAUUCCAAUAAGGAAGAAAUUGAGUUCACUCCUGACAUUUUAGAGUCCUAUCACAAAUUCUCUGUCAAUAGCAAAACCUUUGCCUUAGCUUUUGGAAUCAUCAUGUCCAUGAAUAUUGAAGCCAAAGUCAAUCUAUUACAUUCUACAAGAAGAUCCACCAACCCAAGUACGACCAGUAACAACCACAAAGGAUCCUCGUCCGAGAACAAGGAAUGGAUAUUUUGUGAUCAAGGUGUCCUCGAUGUGUUGACUCUCAAAGACAUUUCAUUGUUUGCAUUGUGUCAUGACAUUAUACAGGAAUUAGCUCUUCGUGACUGCUCGUUUGAAAGAUUUGAACGACUCAUACAGGCCGUUCUGAAAUGUUUCUACACAUCUUCGACAAGUACCAGCAGUAGUAGCAAUCAUCAGACGGAUCGAAGAGGAGCCUCUGGCAGCAACUCUCGUUCCAAACAAAAAUCCAAUACUGCAACAGAGUCGAGCUCCACUGGAAUCUCGAAAGAAACAUCACUCCUAGAAGAAUUCUUGCAACAUGUUAAACUCUUUUUGGAUGUCUUGAAAGGAGAAGUUCAAACAAGACUCAAAAAGACAGACAAAAUCAUGACACAGAGAAAACGAGAGUUUUUAAAACUCCAUACUCAACUUCGAAAGCAUCUCAUUGAAAAGUGCCGUUCCAUGGUAGAUUCGAGUCGCAACAAGGGAUCUUCCAAGAGAUUAUAUCGAAUGCUUGGUGGAGAAGCUCUCUACAUGAAACGAAAACAAUUUGGAACGAUUUGUAAAUAUUUGAAUGGAUUCUUGAGUGGCUCUGGCAAUGGUGUUGGAACAUCAUCCAAUAGUCAUAGUCAUUGGAAUAUGUUUGCUACUGGAAAUUCUUCGAGAAUGGAAAUUCCAUUGUUGUACAAGUGGAAUUUGGAAAAGGUCUUUGCAGGAGGAAGCACAAAUUCAAGUAACCCAUUGAACACUAGCAGCAGCAGUACUAAAAAUCCACAGAAGAGUACUCAGGAAGAGGAAGAUCAAUAA